CUACGUUUCACAUACAGAGGACUAGUCAGCAAAGGAAAAAAGAGCAAAAGAAGAAAAUGGCCAGUUUUAUAUUACGGAAAGCCGAGCCCAAGGACGUGUCUGACAUACUGCGACUCAUAAAGGAACUGGCAAAAUUUGAAGAAAUGGAAGAUCAAGUUAUUCUUACUGAGAAAGAUCUGCUGGAGGAUGGGUUUGGAGAUCAUCCGUUCUAUCACUGUAUCGUGGCUGACGUGCCCAAACAGCACCAGAGCGCCGACAGUCAUGUGAUCAUUGGCUUUGCCAUGUAUUAUUUCACCUAUGACCCCUGGAUUGGGAAACUGCUCUACUUGGAGGACUUCUACGUCAUGAAGGAGUUUCGAGGUUUUGGAAUUGGGUCUGAAAUCCUGAAGAAACUGAGUCAGACGGCGGUCAGGACUCGAUGCAGCAGCAUGCACUUCAUCGUGGCGGAGUGGAACAAACCCUCCAUCGACUUCUACAAGCGGCGCGGAGCGUCUGAUCUCUCGCUGGAGGAAGGAUGGAGGCUCUUCAAGAUCGACAAGCAGAACCUGCUCAAGCUUCUGGCUAUUCUUCAUGCAGUCCAGAAUGGCAGCACAGCUGAAAGGUUUGUCUGA